CUUGUUUGUGCUUGCAUUAUGUUUCUUGGUGAUUUUCUGUCUGAGUGCGUGCAUUCAUGCGCCCAUCUCUGCAUAUGCCUGCACGGCUGCGAGUCUCCCACCUCGGCAUGUGUCUUUUGCGUAUUCUACUUUAUUGAAUGACAUCCAGUCUGAGCCAAAUCGCCUCAAUAUGAGAUGGAGUAUCUUUAUCGAGGUAAAGGAGUUUGUGGAGAAGAAACAAGAUUCUUAUAACUUCACUGCUGGCCUCAUCCUGUUCAAACACAUCUCUCCUCUCGGUUUUUCCAGACUCGUUUUCAUUUUAGCCCACUUAAAUUUUCACAUACCCCUCCUUAUUGUAGCCCCCUUCUCCCUUGGGGAGCACUUUCCUGUUCCCAGUCUCCUUUCUCCUAUUCAAGAAGAGUAAACACAUUUAGUCAAAAUCAUCUUGCGCCACUCCCUUACCAUUUCAUCGCUGUUCCACUAAUGGCCGCCUUAUCAGGCAGCUGUGCCACAUUCCCUUCACUGUCACUGAGAACCGGCCUCAGUCCCUAACCGCCUUGCCAACACCAACAUCAACACAAGAAAUGGAGACAAAAGACACAGUCACGACAAGCAUGCUGUCACAGGACAAGGGGGAGAAUGGGGAAGAGAGGGCAAAGGAGAGAGAGGAGGUGGAGGGAGGGGAGGACGCGCAGCAGGAAAACGGAAAACUGACUCUUGCCGAUGGUCUCGCAGAUAGAGGACCCAAAGCCCCCACCUCUGGCUCCGGACAGCAGGUGUCCAAUGGCUUCACCACAUCUGCCCCACAAAGUCCCAGAGAGGGGCCGGCUUGCUCUGCAGGUACGACCGGAGGAGCCACUGGGUCCUUUGCACCGCUGGGAGGCCUCAGGACUCUGGUGGUCCAACAAACCAGCUUGGAGAGGCCCAGAGAAACUUGGAGCAAGAAGAUGGACUUCUUGCUGUCUGUGAUCGGCUACGCAGUGGAUUUGGGAAAUGUCUGGCGUUUUCCGUACAUUUGCUACCAAAACGGAGGAGGUGCCUUUUUGCUGCCCUAUCUGCUGAUGGCAAUAUUUGGAGGAGUGCCUCUCUUCUACAUGGAGCUAGCUCUUGGCCAGUUCCACCGCAGUGGCUGCAUCUCCAUCUGGAAACACAUCUGCCCCAUCUUCAAAGGUAUCGGUUUUGCCAUCUGCAUCAUAGCCCUCUACAUCGCCUUCUACUACAACACCAUAAUGGCCUGGGCCUUGUACUACCUUCUAUCCUCGUUUCGGUCCACCCUGCCCUGGUCCACUUGCACAAACAGCUGGAAUACUGAACACUGUAACCGCUACAUGUCCACCGACCACAAUGUAUCCUGGUCCAACUCCUCCACAUCGCCUGCAGAGGAGUUCUAUACUCGCCAGGUGUUGCAAGUCCAUCGCUCCCCAGGUCUGCACCAGUUGGGUGCUGUCAGCUGGCAGCUGGCCCUCUGCCUGCUCCUCAUCUUCACCAUCGUCUACUUUAGCAUCUGGAAAGGAGUCAAGACGUCUGGAAAGGUGGUCUGGGUGACUGCUACCUUUCCCUACCUGGUCCUACUGGUGUUGCUCAUCCGUGGGACGACUCUGCCAGGGGCUUGGAGGGGCGUUGUUUUCUAUCUCAAACCUGAUUGGGAGAAACUGCUUAGCACAACAGUGUGGAUUGAUGCGGCUGCUCAGAUCUUCUUCUCUCUGGGUCCGGGGUUCGGAGUGCUUCUUGCUUUUGCCAGUUACAACCCAUUUCACAACAACUGUUACAAAGAUGCUUUGGUCACCAGCUCAGUGAACUGUCUAACCAGCUUCCUGUCCGGCUUUGUCAUUUUUACUGUGCUGGGCUACAUGGCCGAGAUGAGGAAGCAGGAUGUGGAUGCUGUAGCCAAGGAUGCUGGUCCGAGCCUGCUGUUCAUCAUUUAUGCAGAAGCCAUAGCAAACAUGCCAGCUGCUACCUUCUUCUCCAUUAUCUUCUUCCUGAUGAUCAUAAUGUUGGGUCUGGACAGCACGUUUGCAGGGUUGGAAGGAGUGAUCACAGCUAUGCUGGACGAGUUCCCCCACAUCCUGGUGAAGAGACGAGAGUGGUUCGUCUUUGGCCUGGUGUGUGUCUGCUACCUUGGGGCUCUCUCCACACUCACAUAUGGAGGUGCCUUUGUUGUGAAGCUGUUUGAAGAAUAUGCCACAGGUCCCGCCGUCAUCACUGUGGUCUUGUUAGAAGUCAUUGCUGUAUCCUGGUUCUACGGUACCAACCGUUUCUGUAACGACGUCCAGGUCAUGAUCGGUUUUUCCCCGGGUUGUUUCUGGAGGAUCUGCUGGGUGGCCAUCUGCCCCUGCUUCCUCCUGUUCAUCAUCAUCAGCUUCCUGGCCUUUCCCCCAGAGGUUAGGUUGUUCCACUACCACUACCCACCAUGGACCACCGUCCUAGGCUACUGCAUUGGCGUCUCCUCAUUCAUCUGUGUGCCUGCCUAUAUGGUUUACCACCUGCUCAAUGCCAAGGGCACAUUCAAACAGCGUCUGUUAAAAAGCAUCACUCCAGAGCCCAGCACUGACCAACACAGGAACUGCAUCGUCACAAAUGCAAUCUGACCCAAAGGAGGUGCCGUUCUAGCUGCACAGAGAGCCCUCUUCUGGAUAAACUGCAAAACUACCUUACAAGGGGGCUACCUUUCACCGUCUUUGCCUCAUCUUCUACUCUUGUUUUUAUCUGUCUCUCACAAAGAUGUAGACAAAGAGGGGAGCUAACUGGAGCCAGGCUGCAGUAUUAAUGUUAUGCUUGGUUUAGUUUGUUUUAAGGCUCCUUCACUUUAAGAGAGUCUUCAAAUCCAGAUCCUAAUCUCAGAGUCUUCGGCAUCAUCAUUCUCUUUUUAGUGUUGUAACCGAUCACAAUUCUUUCUUAAAUAAUAACUAACCUUUCUUCAGGUUAAAAACUUCCAACACAUACAGUAUUUUAUAGAAUAUAAACAUGUAUGCUCAUUUAGACAUAAACUGGAAACCAUGAAAUCAGCUGGAAGGCCGUAAAGUUACACUCAGAUCCUCUCAAUGGCUUUAUUUUUAUAUUAUGCCAGUAAAAUGUGCAUUCUUUUAUGUAGCAAAAUUCAGGUAUCUUUUUACAUCUCUUACUAAAGCCAAAUAUGAUAUCUGUUCUUUUUAUAUUUCUGAGGAUGUUUCAAUUUUACAGUUGUUGUUGAGUUGUGUUGACUGUCAGCAGAGCUGGGCACAGAAAAAAGUAACACUGAUAAAGAUGUCGAUGUCAAUAUAACAGUUACCUAUAAUUAGUUAAUGUCAACGUUAAAACAUGUUGAACGUCUGAUAGUCUGCCCUUGGGCUGCAAGUGUAUUUUCACUUAUCAUGGUUAUUUACACAACUGCUGUGAGUAAGGAGCACGCCAUACAUCACUAAGGCACAAUUCUUGUGAUUACAACCAUUUCAAUAUCCAACCAAGAGAGCUGCCACAACCUAUGUGCCCAUCACAACAAUCUCUCCAAUCAGUAAAGCCUGCUUUUACUGGCAAACUUUGCCAGUUCAAGUGAAACUUAUUCAAUUUAGUGAAUUUAUUUUUCAACAAAAGAAGGUCUAAAUGGGGUAACAGACAUAUAUGAUCAUGUAGAAGACACAAGUUUGAAUAUUACCCGCUUCAUUUCAAGAAAAACAUGAUCUUUUCGUGAUCUGGGUCAGGAGCACUACAUUACCCACAGUCCUAAGGUGUCAAAGCGACUUCUCUGAUUGGUUGAGCUGCCUUAAGCUAUGAAACUUGCAUGUUUUGCUGCUACAAGUGAAUUUAAUGGCUGUUAUUUUAACAAAAGACUGAUUGAGUGGGUGAAACAAUGACGUAUCGUCAUGUAGAAGACACAUGCUAGUGUUACAUCAGCCUGGUUUUAAGAAAAACCUGGUUUAUAAGCAAACUAGGGCAAUGGCACUACAUUACCCACAAUCCUAGAGUAACAAAGCAACACUUCUGAUCGGUUUAGCCUGCUGUGACCCAUUAUACUUCUGGAUAAUGCAUCUACAAAUAAAGACAACAUGGUUUAUCUCCAAUACUGGGUAAAAGCACUACACUACCCAAAAUCCUACAGUAACAGCGUUUCUGAUUGGCUGAACCUGCCAUGACCUGUGAAUUUCAGCUAUCAGCUGCUAGCAGUGUAGUGAACAGUCAUGGAAAAAGCACAUACACAUCACGCUUGCCAAUAGAAAAAGCUGAUUGUGGUAGCAGGUUUUAACCUGUAGAGGGAAGUGUCCAUGCAUACUGUUAUCUGAAAAUGAAGAAUGUAAAUACUUUGUGCUCAACUGUCAAAUAUUAAACCAAUAAACAGUAUAGUUAAAUAUCCAUUUCAACAUUUUCAUUUAAAAAAAAGUGGUCUGAGGGUUAAGUAGCUCUUAUAACUUAGAAAGCACUGCUUUUCUCUCCUGAUCUUGAUUUUUUUCAGAAAUAUUUUCAGAAGUCCGGAAUCAGGAAGCGACUCUACAAUCUUUUUCCAGGAAAUGAUUAAAUCCAAACACAUCUACAUUUGGCUGAAGCUUUGGGUCACGUUAAAUCACUGUAGCAGAGCUCUGGAAGUAUGCAGCAUUACGUAGAUGAAGCAGCAUUCACAAUUAAAGAUCCCCCUGCAUUUUGACUGGUUAGUCAAUAAGAUCUCUACAGUACAGGAGAUCUUCUGCUUUUGUUCAGAGAAGAACAUUAAUUCAAACUAAAUUUGACUGAAUCCUAUUGUUUUUACAAUUCUUUAUUCAAACAUUCAUACAAAAAAAACUACUAAAAACAAUUUACGUUUGCAGUAAUUUACUGAUUUAUUGACAUGUGCCCAGCUCUGACUAUCAGCUUCUCUUUAUCUGGUGGCAUCUUGAACGAGCGACAGAUUUGCAAACACUGUGAAGUUCUGUCUGAAAAUGUCAUGAAUGUGUGUGCCUGUAUGUGUGCAUGACCUGAGACUAUAAUGUCUAGAGUAAAAAUGGAUCAUAGGCAGAAUCAACCAAGUUAAUUCAAUCCGUGACUGUAGAAUGAGGUGUAUUUAUUUUCACAUGCAUCAUCACCCUCCUCAUCAGUCUGAAAAACUGUCAUGAGUUCAAAACAAUCUAAAUAAAAUCAUGUGUUAUGCAGCGUAAUAGAAACCAAGCAAGGAUCAGAGCUAAUAAAACGAUAAAGGAACUGCUGGAAAUCAGCAUCACUGCUCUUUACUUUCUACCAAACGUCGGUGUGUUUGUGUUUGAGUGGAAAUGUUGAGAACGUGCGUGUCCGUGUGUUUGUAGGAGCAGGAUUUAAACAUAGCCAGUAGCGUCCAUCUGCCUGUGUAUUUACUAGUCGGUCUGUUCUUGGUGUAAUAUAUCCUGUGAAUACCUGUCUCCUCUCUCAAUCGAUGUGUGAAUGUGUUGGGUUCUGUUCUUCUUUUGGCUCGCACGUGGAUACGUGCACUCAUGGGUGAGUGGUUGUGCUAAAAAAGGAAUUGACUUGUUUAGUCCAUUUAAUGUGUGACUGCUGCAGUGUGUAUACUGUACCUCAAAUGUGUGUGUGUGUGAGUGUGGGGGGGGGGGUAUUGUGAUUUCCUGUUGUCUUGUCACUGCCAAAAUAUCUUCUGAAGGAUCUUGCUUUUCCUCUCUCUUGUACCUCUCAGCUUAUGUAAGAUCUAUGUACCUCUAUUAAAGACUUUAUUGGAAAUAAUCCUGUAUAGAGUAAAGAUAUAUAAAUAUAUUACAAAUAACAGAUAAUAAAGAUA